AUGAAGUUCUUCAUCUUUACCUGCCUUGUGGCUGUUGCUCUGGCGAAGCAUAAGUAUAAGCAGGCCAAUGAUGCAUUCUUCCAAACAGCUCAGGUCUCUGCUAGCAGUUCAUCCAGUGAGGAAUCUGCUGAGGAAAUCAAUGAUAAAAUUGUGCAGUCUGAAGAACAAAAGGUCAACCUGAAUGAGCAGAAAAAAAUCAAGCAGUUUUCCCAGGACCUUUCCUGCUCCCAGUUUUGCACACCUGUUCCCCAACAGCAGAUCAAUUUGAACCAGUGGGCCCAGGGUAAGGCCAUCCGUAACAUUCCCAACCAGGAAUCCAUCACCAUUGCUGUACAGAUCAAGAAUAACCAAUUUCAUCAGUUCACCAUCCCCCAGUUCCCCCAGGCUGUUCAUCAACAGCAGAUACCUGUGACCUACUGGAAUAGGCCAUACUCCUACCCAUAUGCUCCCUAUGUGGUAUGUGCACUGUGA